AUGAACAUCAUUGCCGAUGAUGAAAAAGGGCCCAAAUGGGUCACUAAUGAACUAUAUGGUCGAAAGGAAGAACUAAAACUACUAAACAGCAUUGCAGAAGAGAAGAUAUCCUCGGUUGUACUCUUGGAGGGUGGCGAAGGAACAGGCAAGACAGCGCUGAUACAUCUAGUGGAUUGGCAUCAGAAUGACUGGGUCUUUGUCUCUCGCAAGUUUGAAAAGAGUCUAAGCGCAGAACCAUAUUCCGCCCUGAAGGGUGCUCUUGAUCACUUGGUGACUAUAUGGGCUGAGAACAACCAAGCAGCUCAGGUUUGCCAGAUGAAGAGUUUCCUGAAAGUGCUGGGAGAAGAUGUGGAUUUAUUAAUCAAUGUGAUUCCAGGGGUUUUUCGCAUAGUUGAGAAGUUUGCACAUGGGGUAUGUUUCUCAAAGGGGAGAAGCAUUAGAGAUCUGACAAGGUCCGGGGAUCACGAUGCUGAAGAAAAAGUGGGAGUAGAUUCUGGAGCCAUUGCGGCUGCGUUUCUGAGAUUGUUUUCCUUUCUCUCAUCAGCGAAACCCAUCGUGUUAUUCUUGGCUGAUGUUCACUAUGCUGACGCUUCUUCGAUGGAAAUUCUUCAGGUGAUUGCUGAAACUGCGGCUACCAAUCCCAUCAAGUAUAGUAGCCAUUUGCUUUUGGUUAUGUCUUAUCGCAAGGGAGCACUUGAGAAAAACACCUUAGCUUCCAAGACCAUUACAAGCGUUCAAAAAAUUGGUGAUAAUGUGAAUUGUUUGCAUUUGCAAGACUUAGAUGUCGAUACCCUGAACCAAAUGGUGGCAUCCUUAGUCAAUGCGGACCCAGAAGAUACUCUUCCUGUGUCCAUUGUCAUGCACAAGAAGACUGCCGGGAACCCAUUUGCAGUCUCACAAUUCCUCCGCAUUGGUCGUGAGAAAGAUUAUUUCAAAUUUUCGUCCAUGACUUAUAAGUGGGAAUGGGGAGAUCCUGAGAUCUUAGACAAAUAUGCUAGUAUUACGGAUAAUGUGGCGGAGCUGUUGGCGACUUCCAUGGACAAGCUUUGCAUCGCCACCAAGGUCACGUUGAAGGUAUCGUCCUGUUUGGGCAAGAUCAUUCCGACGCAUGUGCUGGUCGAAUACUUCAAAGAAUCGUACGACGACGGAAAGGGCCAUACAACUUGCGAAGCCAUCAUAGGUGUGCAAGAGCAUGGGUUAGAGCCACUGUUGGAUAGAGCUUGCAAGGCUGGCAUUUUGGUGAAAUCCGUUAGUCAAGGUGCUUAUGUGUGGUCUAAUGAUCGCUUACAAGAAGCUGCAUAUGAUAUGAUCCCAGCGCAAAUUCGGAACCAGUUGCACAAGAAGCUGGGUAUGCUACUGUGGCGACUUGGAUUGCAGGAAGAUGAAGAGUGGAUGAUUUUCAUGGCAGCAAAUCAAAUGAAUAAGUAUGCCGAGCUCCGAUGCGACGCAUCGCUUGGAAACGAGGUUGCAAAGCUGAAUCUGCAAGCCAGUAAGCUGUCGCUGAAGAAAGGAGCCAUUUACCCAGCACUAGACCUCUUGGUCAAAGCUGAGAGGCAUAUGGUCACUACUGGUCGUUGGACCGACUCCUAUGACCUUACUCUGGACAUAUUGACCACUCUAGCGGAGACCCAAUUCAAAGUUGGAGAGGUAGACGCGGCAUUUGAAGCGGCAAGAUCGGUUGUGGACAAUGGAAAGACAUUGAACGACAAGUUCCGAGCACACGUUGUUCUUUUGGAAGGGCGGAUGAGUAAGACUGACAAAUCGUACGACGUUGGUGUGGAGAAGACUUUAGAACUGCUACAACUGUAUGGCGAGAAACAUCCAAAGAAAUUCUUUCCAGGUCAGAAAUGCUUUGAAAAGGCGAAACUGAAAAAGAUGCUUCCAGGAGGAGAGCUGGAGGGUCUAUUGGAGUUACCAGAUAUGACUGACCAAACAGCCCUCCAGAUACAGAAGCUCCUUGUGAAAUACCUUGCUCCCUACUCCAAUUUCAGCACAAAAUACGUGACGCUAGGCUGGUUUGCGAGUAUUCGGGCAUUAAAGAAUGCGUGCAAGUUUGGGAUAAGUCCAGACUCUCCCAUGUCUAUUCUCAAUCUGGCGAACUACAUGAGACGAGAGGGGCAUUACAAGGAAGCAUCAGAGUAUGCCGACUUUGCGCUGCUGCUUCUGGAAAGAAUUCCAAGGAAGCUUGGAUCAAACCACGGAUAUGUUCGGAUGGUGGCUUCUGUCAGUGUUUUUAGUGCGGUUCGUUCUUUUAAUAAAUGCUUAACUGAAUUACUGGAGGGUCGGGCAGAAUGCUUACGAUCUGGGUUGGCCAGGGAAUCAAUCGGCACAGUAAUUGCAUAUGGAACCGUAUACUUGUGUCUUGGUCUCCCGAUCGGGGCAUUUGAGUCUGAUUUGGUUGCAUAUUCGCAAGAAGCAAAAUCAUUUGGAGUCGCAUAUACCGUGCAGCAAGUGAUGAUGAUUCAGCACCAAACAAUUUUGAACCUGAAACACUACAGCAAUAGACCCACCGUGCUUUCUGGAUUAGCAAUGGACCAAGAGACGGAACUAUCUAGGGUUGAAGGGCACGCCCGGAAGAUGACACUGCGAGAUAUAAACACUCAUCGUCUGCUCCUCUCAGUGGUCUUCGGUGAUUGGCCAACUGUCGAAGCUAUGAUGGUAGCACUUGAGGAGUACGUCGAUGUGAACGACGCCUUUCUGCUGAGAACACACUUUAGACGUUGCUAUCUAGGUUUGGCUGGAUUCGCCCUUAGUCGAAAGGCAAAAACUGCAAAGGCCCGCAAAAAGUAUCUCUCCAUCGGCAAGAAAAUGUUGAAAUAUUUUACAACGGACAUGAAAUAUGGUUCCGUCAACGCGUAUCCCAUUGUAAGCAUGUUGGAAGCUGAGGAGUCGCCAUCCAAAGAAAAAUACGACAAGGCUAUCAAGGCUUGUGCCAGGCUUGGGCUGGUACAUCAUGAGGCUUACAUGUGCGAACGAAGUGCAGAGUUCUUCGACGAGCAGAACGAUGAUGGUUGGAGUGAGUUCUAUGCUGGCCAAGCAAUCCUUCUUUACGGUGAAUGGGGUGCAACUGGCAAGGCUGAUCGACUGACCGAAGACUACUCUCAUGUAUUGACGAAGUCUUCGCUCCGUGAAUCGGUGAAUAGCUCUCUACAAGGCCGCUCUCGAUACUCUGCAAAAGAACUUGACUCGCUCCGAACAAUUGACUGGGAAAGCUUUAGCGUUGGUAGUGACUUCGGAAAUCAUGACUCAUCACUGUUGGGAUCUGAACGCCAAUAA